GCGUGCGUGGGUGGUUUGCCAGCGAAGAUGCAGAAGGAUCAAUGCUUUCUCUUUGCUCAGGUCAAAGCUGGCACUCUGUAUUAAGCUCCCCUCUCUCUCUUUUUCCUCUUCUCUUAUUUACAUCUCCAUUUCCUCUCUCCCCCUUCCAACUCUCUCUCUUCACCUCGAAGAGGGAAAAAUGAGUGUUUGAGAAGCUUUCACAAACAAGUUGAGCAUUUUAAUGGUUGAUCAUUAUACAUCAACCAUGGCUGCCUCUCCUAAUUCUUAUAUCACUUCUCCUGAAAAGAAACAUUGGUGGAUUAGCAAUAGAAAGAUUGUUGAAAAAUAUAUCAAAGAUGCGAAAUUUCUCAUUGCUACACAAGAACCCAACGAGAUUGCUUCGGCUGUUAAUCUUCUCGACGCUGCUCUUGCUCUGUUACCUCGUUUUGAGCUAGCCCUCGAGUUAAAGGCUCGAUCUUUGCUUUAUCUCCGGCGAUUCAAAGACGUCGCCGAUAUGCUACAAGACUACAUUCCCAGCCUGAAAAUGCCUGCCGAUGAAACGUCAUCGUCCACUUCGUCUUCUGGGUCAUCGGACAACUCAUCGACACAGUUCUCGAGAGAGCGCAUGAAGCUUCUUUCGUCGGGUAAUGGCUCACCGGGUCGUGAUGAACCCGGUUUCAAGUGCUUUUCCGUUUCCGAUUUGAAGAAGAAAGUUAUGGCCGGACUCUACAAGAACUGUGAUAAAGAAGGGCAAUGGAGGUACUUGGUUCUUGGUCAGGCUUGUUGCCAUUUGGGUCUAAUGGAAGAUGCAAUGGUUCUUUUACAGACCGGUAAACGCAUUGCUACGGAUGCAUUCCGUCGCGAAAGCAUUUGCUGGUCGGACGAUAGUUUUUCGUUUGCCAAAUUCCCAAUCUCCGGUGAACCGGGCACAGGAAAUAGCCAGCCUCCGACUCCUCCUAAAACGGAGUCUGAGAGCAUUUCUCAACUGCUCAGCCAUAUUAAGCUCUUGCUCCGUCGAAAGACGGCUGCAAUUGCAGCUCUUGAUGCAGGUCUUUAUUCAGAAGCUAUAAGACAUUUUUCUAAAAUUGUGGAUGGUCGUCGUGGGGCUCCACAAGGGUUUUUGGCAGAAUGUUACGUGCAUCGGGCAUCAGCAUAUCGAUCUUCUGGUCGAAUUGCUGAUGCAAUAGCUGAUUGUAAUCGAACAUUAGCAUUAGACCCUUCUUGCAUUGAUGCUCUUAGAACUAGAGCUGCUUUGUUUGAAGCUGUUCGAUGCUUGCCUGACAGUCUUCACGAUCUUGAGCACUUGAAACUGUUGUAUAAUUCAAUUCUACGGGAUAGGAAGCUACCUGGACCUAUAUGGAAACGUCAAUGUGUGCAAUACAGGGAGAUUCCAGGGAGGCUUUGUUCGUUGGGUGCCAAAAUGCAAGAAUUGAAGCAGAGAGUUGCUUCCGGUGAAACGAUGAAUGUAGAUUACUACGCAUUGAUUGGUUUGGGGCGGGGUUGUUCAAGAUCUGAAUUGGAAAGAGCACAUCUAUUGCUCACUUUAAAACACAAGCCUGAUAAAUCAACAAGUUUUGUGGAGAGGUGUGAGUUUGCGGAUGAGAAAGAUGUUGAGUCUAUAAGGGAUCGGGCGAAAUUGUCUUCCUUGCUAUUGUAUAGAUUGAUCCAGAAAGGUUAUACAAAAUUAAUGACAACAAUCAUUGAUGAAGAAGCAGCUGAGAAACAGAGAACUAAAGCAGCAGCUGCAUUACAAGCAAUGCAGCAGCAACAAGUUCAGCAAACUCAAGAAUUACAACAAUCUAGAACUGAAACAAUCAGCAAUGCAGCAUCAAGAAGAGCAUUAGAGGCUGCUGCUGCUUCGUCGAAUACUACAUCAAGAGUACCUUCAAAAGCUGCUGCUAAUACUACUACAUCACGAGAGGCUGCUGCUAAUACUACUACAUCACGAGAGGCUGCUGCUAAUACUACUACAUCAUGUAACAACAGCAGGGCAGAAAGCAAGGUGGUGGUGUCAAGCUCAACAAAUGCAUCUUCAUUUCAAGGAGUGUUCUGUAGAGACCUUGCAAUUGUUGGGAAUUUGUUGUCUCAACCUGGAACGGGGUUUAAUCGCACAAUUCCUAUGAAAUAUGAGGCAUUGAGCUGCUAAAUGUUUAGGAUUCAUCGUGGAAAUCCAAUGAAGAACAAUGAUUUAAUUAGCUUGGACAAUGUUUAUACUAUCGGCUCGCUCAUAUGCUGGGGAAUCUGAAUUGGCACCAAUAUCUUUGUACAAAGGGCAAAAAAUUGAAUGUACUAUUUGCAGCCGGGAAAAUUUUGCUACUUUAUUUUUAUUUCUUUUUUGGUGUCAAUCUUUUGGUCGCUUUUGCACUACAUGUAAUGUACAUACUUAAAUUCAGCACCUAUAUUAUCUACCAGUA